AUGGCCUCAUCAGGCGGACCCGACCAUGUUCCCCGCUACGGAGGCUUCUCGCGCUUUGAGCUUGAGCUCGAGUUCGUGCAGUGCCUCGCCAAUCCCGCCUAUCUCAAUUACCUAGCCCAGCAGAAGAUCCUCGACAAGCCAGACUUCGUGGCCUACCUCGGCUACCUACAGUACUUCAAAGACCCGAAAUACUCGAAAUUUCUUCACCAUCCCGGGCCAACGCUCCGAUCGUUGGAGCUGCUCCAGCAGGAGCGCUUCCGCACUGAGAUCUUGAACCCCAGCCUCUUCAAUUACAUGACCAUGGAGGGUCUCAAGAACGCAAUUCCGGCCGAUAACAAGGAUUGA